AAAGAAAUUCAGAAAUAUGUCAAUACGAAGUAAGCUAGAGAACUUAAUCUUAAAGCUAGUGGUGAUCACAACUGCUGCUCUGGUUCUGACGGUGUUGAUGAGUCACGCAGGAAAUCUUCAUUCUCCAGACAGCUACACAGUUCAAGGACACGUCGGAAAUCAUGAAUUUUCACCAACGAAGCUACAAAAUUUGAGUGUAAAGAACAGUGAUCUCUCAAACUCCUGGAAUACUUGUCAAAACAAAAUCGGCGAACUCGAACGACGCCUGGCAAGCAUUUCAAACGCCCUUGAGCGUCUGUGGUGUGCUACCAAGGAUGUCAUGAGCAACGGUGGAUUUUGCAUCACUGCUGACAGAAUUUACACGGGUUUCAAUUACUUUUUUGACCCUGAAAUGUGCUAUUUCGUGGAGGUUUUGGUGGGCAACGCCUCGGUUGUGGAUUUCGGUGCCGGACUCGGCAAGUACGGCAUGUGUUUCCUGCGUAAAAGUCAAGCUGAAUAUCAACUGGACGAUAAACAACAAAAGGAAUACAUCGCAGACAUAAAUAAGGAUUUUCAUGACAUUCAAAAGAAGCCACAAAUUGUAUAUUCAUGGCAUGGAUAUGACGGGGGCCUCGCCAUCGAGGAGGUGAGCGGCGGCUUCAUCGCGCACGCCGACCUCAGCGAGGAGGGCCUCUGGCUCGGCAGGAAGUGGGACUGGGUGAUGAGCAUCGAGGUUGGGGAGCACAUCGAUCCUAAACAUGAAGAACAUUUCCUCGAUAACCUCGUGCGGCAUGCCUGUGCAGGAAUAAUUCUGACUUGGGCUGUGGAGGGUCAACCCGGUCACUAUCACGUUAACAACCACAACAACGACUACAUCAAGCAGAAGAUGCGAGAUAGAGGCCUCAUUGUGGACGAAGAGGCCGAAAAACUUUUGAGACAAAUGCUGAAGAACCACUUGGCAAAAACUUCUAUGGUUUUUCGAAUUCCAAAGCCGAAAUCAUGCCUAACUAAGUAAAAAUUUUAUUUUAACCUAACUUCAGCGUGUCAUCAGUUUAGGCUUCAGAGUCCCAUUGAAACAAUAUAUCUGUUUGAAAAAUAUAUUUUUGUAAGGUGGCAGAGUGAAAAAUUUGUAAAUGGCUAAUUUGCAAACCUUUCUGGGUUAGCUGUUUCUUCAUUGGUUGAAUUUCUAAUGUUAGAUAAUACGAUGCAAAUGUUUCAGUGAUAAAUCAAGUUGACGUUUUCUCAACAUAACAUAACAUAGUGAUCUCGGCUAUGAAGUGUAGGCCUGAUGUGGCCUGUCGCCGAAUCGUGAAUUUUCCGUGACUUGAUCAUAGAAGAUCUAAAAUCUUGCCAUUUGACCGGAUA